AUUUAUUUGGAAACGCCGAAGAAAAAUAGAGUCCUAACAAAGGAAUACAUAAAGAGGCUCACUGAGGAGAGAGCAGAAGAGAUAGUGGCUCAAAAACAAGCACAAGAAGGUGUUCCACUGCAAGCAAAAGAAGACAGAGGGACAACUCAGUAGCAAUCUCAUCGUCAUGGUAUAUAAAUCUUCACCUGGUGAGAUGAAACUUGAGGAAGAUCUCGGCCCGGAUCGGGAGGACGACUUCCAAACGGACGACGAAGAAAACCAGGGGAACAGGGUGUUUGAUAAUUUGGAUGAUGAUUCUGAAUCGGAUUCAUCAGUUCUUUCGCAAAAAUUGUCCAAUGAUAAUAUCAUGCCUUCUUGGCCUCAAAGCUAUCGGCAAUCCAUGGACAUGUUAACGAGUGUAACACCACCUGGAAUUAGUUUCAUAAGGCGAAUUGGCUCAAAAGGAAGUAGUAAUAAUCAGUAUUUGACUACAGCAUUCAAGAGAUCUCAAGAAUGGAAGCAAGAGGAUUCUUCUUUGGCUAAACCUCUUGUCUCGGAUCAACUAAAAGAAGUGGAGAAUGGUGUUUCAGAAGAACAACCUGCGAGACAGCAGUCAAGUGUAUUUCAACAUUCCAAGUUUUCUCUUGAUGAUUUGCCACCACCACAACACCAAUGCUCAUUUGCCCAGUCAGUUAUUAAUGGAACGAAUAUAUUAUGUGGGAUAGGACUUCUUACGAUUCCAUAUGCUAUAAAAGAAGGAGGAUGGUUGAGCCUUACAAUCCUUAUAUUAUUUUCUAUCAUUUGUUGUUAUACUGGAAUUUUACUGAAAAGAUGUUUGGAAAGCAACCCUGGACUCAAAACAUAUCCAGAUAUCGGCCAAGCCGCCUUUGGAGUAGUUGGUCGCUUAGGGAUUGCGAUAUUCUUGUACAUGGAAUUGUACGCAGCUGCUGUUGAGUUUAUAACACUAAUGAGUGAUAACCUCUCAUCACUGUUUCCUAAUGUCCACAUCAAAGUUGGUGGGAUAGAUUUGGAGACUCAUGUGUUUUUUGCAAUCACUGCAGCUCUUAUGGUUCUUCCUACUGUUUGGCUUCGAAAUCUAAGCCUUCUUUCUUAUAUCUCAGCUGGAGGAAUAUUUGCAACAAUAAUGGUGACAUUAUGCUUGUUUUGGGUUGGGUUGGUUGAUCAUGUUGGAUUGAAACCAGGAAGAAAACUUUUAGACCUUGAAAACAUUUCUGUAUCAGUUGGUCUAUAUGGUUUUGGUUUUGCUGGCCAUGCUGUUUUCCCAAAUGUCUACUCUUCUAUGCAGGAUCCAUCAAGAUUCCCAUCAGUUCUAUAUCUUAGUUUUGCCUUUUGUCUUUUUAUGUACAUGAGUGUUGGUGCAGUUGGAUAUUUAACUUUUGGCGAGUCAGUUGAGUCUCAAUUUACUUUAAACAUGCCCAAAGAGUUAUAUGCAUCAAAGAUUGCAACCUGGACAACUGUUAUAACACCGUUGGCAAAAUAUGCACUAACGAUAUUACCCAUUGCAUUGAGUAUAGAGGAACUUAUCCCUAACAACAAGCUAAGAUGUCAUGCCACAGCUAUUGCUAUUAGAACAUUUUUAGUGAUUUCAAGUUUGGUUGUGGCCCUCUCUGUUCCUUAUUUCGGUGCUUUGAUGGCGCUAAUUGGUGCUUUUAUGUCAAUGACAGUUGCACUUAUUUAUCCUUGUGCGUGUUAUCUAAAGAUACACAACGGUAGAUUAUCAAAACUUGAGAUAACAAAGUGUGUAUUAGUUAUUAUUGUGGGGGUGCUAAGCUCUAUCGUUGGAACAUAUUCUGCUCUAUUAAGAAUAGCUAAUGGAGACGACUAAUUAGGAGAAUGUUUUUUUUUUUUUUUUCUUGAUCUAAAACUCCCCUCUUUCGAAAUGUUGUGCCAGAUAUUUUAGCAUAAAAUAUUUGGACUUCUCUAGAUAAAUUACGUAGGUCAUUUUAUUAAUUUGUAGUUAUGUUUUCUAGUUUAAAACAUUAUAUAGAUUAUAUACGCAUGGGGUGAUCCUAGUAUUUUUGCAAGAAACAUGCACAAGUAACGUGGUUGUACGUACUAAGGAUGAAUUGAACAUUACCACCAAAAUCUCCCCUCCCUUCUUUUUCCUUUGCAAGAAAGAUGCACUUUCACUUGUAAUAUUUCUAAA